AUGUUUGACACCUUCGCAAAGCUCUUAUCUUCUAUUCCUACGUUUCUGUUUCCCGUAUUUGCCUCCUAUAAAGCUCUCAAAACCUCCGACCCGGCAUUGCUGACACCAUGGCUCAUGUACUGGGUUGUGCUGGCCUGCGCGUUACUCGCUGAAUCAUGGGUUGGAUUCGUCCUUGUCUGGAUUCCAUUCUAUGCCUGGUUCCGCCUAUUCUUCCUCUUGUAUCUUAUUCUACCACAAACGCAAGGCGCCAAGAUACUCUAUCAAGAACACGUCCAUCCCUUCCUCCAAAAGAACGAACUCGCUAUUGAUGAAUUCAUCUCUUCUGCUCAUGAUCGUGCCAAAGUUGCUGGUCUCACAUACCUCAAGCAAGGCAUCGAGCUAAUCAAGCAAUAUGUCCUCGGCCUCCCGCCCAAAGAACCCACACCUCCCCCAACACCUUCACCUUACAGCUAUGCACAAAGUCUCAUCUCCCGCUUUAAUCUUCCGGCUGCGCGACCGGCUUUCCCAUCUAAUUCUAUUGGCGGGGCAACGAACACCGCAACAGAUUUCUACGCUCUGCUCGCAUCAGCGGUCGGCGCUGCUACAUCUUCAAGCCUUCCAUCGGCUUCUGACAGCAGAUCUCGUGAUCUUUCUAACUCCGGAACUCUCAUACCACCUACCGUACAAGGCGAAGACCGUCUCUCAUUUAUAGCAGCGCAGCGCGAACGUCUCUCGAUUCUCCUCUCCGCUCUUGAUGAAGAAGCCAGUACUCUGCAAAGCCAGACUGUGAAGUCUUCAGGUCCAAGAAAGAUGUCAGCCACGCUAUUCGAUGGGCGCUCGGACGAAGAAAUCAUAGAUAGGCCGAAGAGUGCGAUGAGUAGCAGAAAGAGCGAGCCUGAUUUUGAGAAUAUUGAUGCAGAGAGUGGAACAGAAGAAGGGGGUCAGCGAAAAGGAGCUGGGACUUCUGGUGGGAGUUGGAUGCCCUGGAGUUGGGGUGCUAAGACAGAAGCCGCUAGUGACGUGGAUACAGUCAUGUCGGAAACUCCAAAGGCAGCAGAUAAGGGUAAGAGCUCAGGUGUUGAACUUUAA